GUUAUCCCGCGCCGCCCCCGCCGUGCGUGCGCUUGCGCGUUGCCGUUCGCCCCAUCGCGCGUGCGACCUCAGCUCAGGCUGCUCAGCUCCCUGCUCCCCUGCCCGCCUCCUGCUGUUCCUGCGCUGCAGCUCAGCUCGGUGGAGUGGCGGUAGGCAGAGGCAGAGGCAGGCGCCGCGCUGCUGCUGCUGCUACUACUCCCCGUUCCGUUUCCGCUCCACCCACCCCGCCGCGGCGUCCUCCCCAAAUCUGCCUCCUCGCGAGGACGGGGAUUCCCCCGAUUCGCCGCCCGCGACUGAUUCCCGGUGGGCAUAUCCCCCCUCGUGUUUCCCGAUUCGCGCGGGAAAGGCUCGCUGGGGGGGAUCGCGCUUGCGGCGCGGGGCCGUUUGUUUUUCCGGCUGAUUCGGUUGAUGGUGGAUUGGAUUGGUGGGAUGGGACUGGGAGGCGGCGGCGGCGGCGAGGAGAUCGGAGCUGGUUGGGGUGUUCGGGUGCAUGUGAGUGUGAGGUGAGACUUGAGAGCUACUGGGGUGAGGUUUGGGGGAUUAGGGUUUGGGUUUCGCGAGGAGGGGGCGGGAGGAAUGGGGGGCCUUUGCUCGAAGGGAUCGGCGGUGGACAAGUCGCCCAGCGACACCACGCUCGGUCCCGACCGGGUGGUCCGUGGCCAUGAGCGUGGCGGCGCUGGCGUUGGCGUGGGGAAGGAGGAGAGGAAGACGGUUGCGAGGGAGGCUGCUGCCAAGAGGAUCCAGGAGCAGCAGCAGCAGCAACGGCAGCAGCCUGCAUCGGUCCAGGAAGCCCCGGCUUCUAGAGCGCCCAUUGAUGCCAGGGAGUUGCCAUGGGAUGGCGUGCCGAACUUGGCACGGUUGCCGUCGCAGAAAUCCGGGAUGGGUGUGGCGAAAGCCAGCGCCGCCAAGGUUUCAGAAGUAAGCUCAAUUUUGGGGAGGGCUAGUACUGUUGGGCUUGGGAAAGCAGUGGAAGUGCUAGACACACUUGGUAGUAGCAUGGCAAAUUUGAAUAUAAAUAGUGGAUUUGGAUCAGGAACUACAACAAAGGGCAACAAAAUAUCUAUUUUAGCAUUUGAGGUUGCCAAUACAAUAGUCAAAGGUUGCAAUUUGAUGCGGGCUCUUUCAAAAGAGAGCAUAAAGCAUUUAAAAGAAGUAGUUCUUCAUUCAGAAGGUGUUCAGAAUCUUAUAUCGAAAGAUAUGGAUGAAUUACUAAAGAUAUAUGCUGCUGACAAAAGGGAAGAGUUGAAAGUGUUUUCUACAGAAGUUGUUCGCUUUGGAAACCGCUGCAAGGAUCCUCAGUGGCAUAACUUGGAUCGCUACUUUGACAAGUUUGCAUCAGAACGGACACCUCAGCAUCACUUGAAAGAAGAGGCAGAAUCAGUGAUGCAACAAUUGGUGACUUGUGUUCAGUGCACAGCUGAACUAUACCAUGAAAUGCAUGCACUGGAUAGAUUUGAACAAGAUUAUCAGCGCAAACAGCAGGAAGAGGAUGGUUCAAGUGUACACCAAAGAGGUGAAAACCUGAACAUACUAAAGCAGGAAGUGAAAAGCCAACGCAAGCAUGUUAAAAGCUUGCAGAAAAAGUCUCUCUGGUCGAAGAAUUUGGAAGAGGUCAUGGAAAAGCUCGUAGACAUUGUGCAUUUCUUACAUUUGGAGAUCCAUAAUGCCUUUGGGCGCUCAGACAAUGAAGAAUCACAAGAACCUACCAAACGACGUAAUAGAUUGGGUCCAGCAGGCCUUGCACUGCAUUACGCCAAUAUCAUCAGUCAGAUCGAUACUCUUGUUUCUCGAUCUAGUUCUAUUCCUCCAAACACAAGAGAUGCAUUAUACCAAAGUUUGCCACCGACUGUAAAAUCGUCCUUGCGUUCUAAGGUGAAUUCAUUUGUGGUCAAUGAAGAGGUUACUGCUGCUCAAAUCAAGGCUGAAAUGGAGAAGACUUUGCGGUGGCUUGUCCCAAUUGCAAAUAACACCACCAAGGCUCACCAUGGUUUUGGUUGGGUUGGAGAGUGGGCAAAUACAGGGUCAGAAGUGAACUGCAAACCAACAGGACAAAUGGACCUGACCCGAAUUGAGACACUGUACCAUGCUGACAAAGAAAAGACCGAAACACAUAUCCUCGAGCUUGUUGCAUGGCUUCAUCAUCUUAUUAGUCGAUCUAAAUCCGCUAAUGGCGAGCGGUCUCCCAUCAAAUCUCCUGUUCGAUCGCCUACACAAAGGGGCCAUACAAUCACAUUAUCUCCAAACAAAGCCAGCAGCAAUUCAUCACCUCUUCUUACCCAAGAAGAUCAAGAUAUGCUAAGGGAUGUCAAGUACAGGAAAUUCAUCCCUGGUAUAAGCAAAAGCCAAGAGUUCGAGACUAAGUCCAGACAUAGCAAGCAAAGCAGGUUGAGCAAAAGUAAUAGUCACUCACCAAGCAGUGGCAACAUGAAAGAGUUGCUAUCAAUCAGGAGGAUGCUUCCUGUCAUCGACUUUGAGAUCGAUAGGACAAAAGCUAUGGACUUAAUUGAUAGAGUCGAUAAUCUAAAAAGUACAGUAAGGACUUAGAAUUAAUUGGUGCCAAAGCUGAAAGUUGCGCUGCGAAAUAUGAUCUUGAAAAUACUGGGUGCCCGAAGGAAACAAAAAGUCUGCUGGAAUUGGCAUGUGCAAGGCUGCAAGCAGCCAAAGGCGUGUCAUUGUGUUCUCGAGACGAACUGGCCGUUGGGUGCCAUUUGGGAAUCACCAGGAAGGGAUGAGAUAGAUGAUCAUAUUCUGAUGGCUAGCUAUGUAUGAUAGGAUCGAGUGAAAGGGGGAGAUCUAUUGUAAAAAGAAAUUCUUUGUGUUUGUUAGCUCUUGUACAAGAAAUGCAAGUUUUGAAGAAGGGGGGGAAAGGAGAAAGGGUUAUCGAUAUAUCAAAAAGCCUCAACGUGUUUCCCAAAUGCAACAAUUGACGAGCAUCGCAGCAUUUGGUGUUUUAGGGCUUAUUAACUACUAAGGCAUGUUUA